UGUCUCGUUUAGGAUAUGAACCAUCUACGCCAUUUCUCUCCCUUUUCCGUUUUGUAUAUUCCACCAUACAUUUCCGUCCCUUCGAGUUAUGCAUAUUCUCUGAUUCUGAAUAUAACUCUCUAUGUCCAUUUUUAUUCUUCUAUGUUUCUUCAGGUAUGUAUAUAUUCCCUUACGACCUUCUUUUCCUCCGCGUCUCUUCCUGAAUGUAAACUUCCUCACUCCAUAUUCAUCCCUCCAUGAUUCUUAUGGGUUAUAUAAACUCCCUCACUCCCCUUUUCUCCUCCGGAAUGCAUUCAACCUUGCUCCCUUUUAACUCCUCCAUGUCUUCUCCUCCAGGAUGUAUACUCCAUGACUUACUACAACGCCACUCACAGCGUCACCGUGUACCACUGCGCUACGGGUGGCGACCACGACCUGGUGUUCGCCGUAUAUCGCCUUGUGAUUGUGUUCCUGCUGCCGGCGCUGCUUAUGUCGUUCUUCUACGCCAGGGUCAUCAAGGCGCUGUGGGUGUCCACCAAGAAGAUGACGGCGAUGACGAGGGUGUACAGCACGCGUUGGGACUCUCGCCACAGCAUAUCCUCACACAAUUCCCUGGCCUCCUGCUCUGUCAACUCUGGCCUCGUGCAGCCGUCGCCCUCUGCCGCCUCCGGGCUGGCCAUGCUUCACGCUGCCUGUCCUCUGAAGAGAUGCGUCCACAGGCAGAGGUCCGGGGAGGAAGUGAAGCAAGCUAGGAAGCAGGUAAGUCAGCAAGAGGAGGGGAAGGGAGCAGGUGAGCCAAGGAAAGGAGCAAGAAUCUGCCAAGGGGAGAAGGUGAAACGAGGUAAAAAACAGGUGAGUCAGAGGGAGAAAGUCAUCAAAAUGCUGAUCCUGGUCAUCAUCCUGUUCAUGGCUUGCUGGGGCCCCAAGAUCGUGUUCUUCGUGUUCCUGAAGAACGGGCUGGCUCAGGGCUCCUUCAAGCCUCUCGUCUACAACAUGAGGGUGGCUUUGGGCCUCUUGCCGUUCAUUCAUUCCUGUCUCAACCCUAUUAUCUACAGCUCAACUCCCAGCCACAGCAGUUGUAAAAAAGGCCUGCGCUACGACUAUUGGUUCGAGUCUGAUCUCGGGGCGAGAAAACGUCUUGAGAAAUCAAAUGCAGGUGCAGUACAGGGAAAGGAAGUCGCCGCCGUGGCAUAA